AGUUGAGGCGUUGUGUGCGAGGAAGCCGAAAUCAAGUUGUACUGAAUUUCGCCGUCAACCAGGAGUUUUCAUCGUUUCAAGUUGUUAAAUGAACUCAAAUAAUUACACGAGCUUAUGGAACUACAUGUAUUAGGAAGUCUUAUGUGGAUUUCUUCACGGUUUGAAGCAACAUGAGAGGACUUAAAGCAUGGAAAUUUACUACAAGACGUAAGUCAGACACUUUUGUUUCUCGUUUGGUCAUGUGAAAUAUUAUAUAAUUCUUGUACGUAUUCCGCUGGCGGGACAACCAUUUAAUAAGCUACCAGCAAAUAGAGGGCUCCAGAAUCCAAAUCUUGCCCGAAUAAGACAAGUUAUUUACUCUUAUUGUUAGCGACUGAGGGUGGUCAGAUUGUGCGGUUUCUACUUAUGCUGUAUAAAGCGUUAUUAACUUUGCAGCGAUGGUUAAUUUUGGGGGAUUAUCUGAAAUGUCUUUAUAACAACUUACGAACUUACGUAGUAGAAGCUAUCAGAACCGGAUGUACUUAUUACUUUCAAUUUCUAUGGUUUUUUAAACAAACUAUCAUUUAUCCUGCCCGCUUACAAAUGUUGAUUAGCUCGAUAUGGAUCUUGUAGUUAGCUCUAUCAAGCUUCUUAUAUUUCCGUGUGCGUUUCUCUGGACUGUCGUGUAUUUUUUCCCGCGCCUUUUAAAAUAACCCGUGAUCGACCACAAGCGAAUCGCGUUUUGUAUGGUGUAAUCCAUUACAUGCUCUCUCAAUUAGCUAAUUGGUAUGUCGCGGUAUCUGUAUUUUGUACGAUGAAACGUAAGAUAACUGUAUUAAACUAUAAUCCUGUGCAACUGUGAUAAAAAUGGUCAUAUAUAUCGCGCCCAGUGACAAUGAAGAAAUGAAAGUUCCAUUGCGUCGUGUGUCUGCAUGGUGAUAGCUGAAUUAUUUCGUUCCUGGCUAAAUAAUCUGAAAUUGAGCUGUCUACUCGGAAGCACUUUGCUGUGGUGUUGCAUAAAGGUUGAGUUGUGUGUAUACUGAAUUAGGUGAUUCUUUCGAUUCUGCGAGUUCUUAACGCUUAGCAAAACAGGCAGCGCUGAUGUAGAAUUUCUCGAAAAAUUUGAUUACAUAUCUGUUCGUUGUGCCUACUAAAGGGCGGUUCUAGGUUUUGAGUCGAUCCGUAGCUGAAAUAUCUUGUGUGAUCAUUCAAUUGAAGUCCAUUGAGGCAUACUUUCUUGUGGUGCUGUACAAGGUCGCUUCUUACUUUUGAUUCUGUGGAGGAAAUACUUAAGAGUGACCAGUCAAUUGUAAGGAACUGAGCAGUACUUUCCUGUGGUACUGUUUAUUAUGCUGUACAAGGUGGUUCUAACUUUUGAGUCUGAGGAUGAAAUUCUAAAGUGUUACCAUUCAAAUGAAAGCUACUGAGCAGUACUUCGUUGUGGUGCUGUUUAUUAUGCUGUUCAGUGUGAUUCUAACUUCUGAGUCUGUGGAUGAAAUCCUUAUAGUUAUGCACAGUACUUAUAAUAUUUGAGUCUGUACUUGCAGAUGAAAUCCUUAACCAUGAACAUUGACCGGAAAGUUACCGAGCGCGAGUGCUUUUCGCUGCUGCUGUUAUCCCACAGGAAUUAAAAUUAUGAUAAUGUUUGCCUUCAAGUCAGUUUUAUCUUUGGAAUACUAAAAUUCUGAACUAAAUGAGCCGAAUGUGCGGAGGUAGUUGCAUUAUAUUCUUCGGGUGUUGCUUGUUGUCGGCAAUUGCCCACAGACAGUAAAUGAAAAAAAAAACUCUAAAUUACCUGCAUUAUUUAACGCCUUAUUGCGAAACGUUAAGGACAAGACAGGAAAAAAUAGUAUCUGACGAACAAAAGAAAGAGGUCAUUCCAAAGGCAUUAGUCAUAACUCUUUUUCAUUUUGAUUUCUUUGUGAUCGGCAAACAGAGCCUUUGUUUUAGAUUCCAAUCCUUUUGUGCUUUUCAUUUUCAGCGCAUUAACAAGUAUUAAUUACGCGGUAUUUUAGCUGCUUCAGCCUGUAGCUCGUAGUUGAGUGCCUGGCUAACAAACCUCUCAGGUGCAUUCGUGACUCGAUUGUGCGCGUAUGAUAUGGACCGUUUGAUUGAUGACACACCCGAUUGAGAGGAAGUACCAUGCGCAUUUUGUUACCCCUAAGAGAAUGACUCUCUCUUCUUCAAAGGCCUCUUAGUGUCGUAGGGAAGCUAGGGAGAUGGAAAAACGAGUGUGCGCGGAGGACGACGGGAAGGGGAAAGAGAGGAGAGAGGCUCCCGCCUUUUCUCUCUUCCCAUCGUCCCCCGCGCGCUGUCUAUUUCUUGAUCACCGUAUUUAUUCGAUUAACCGCUCGAUUAAAUGUUCACCAUUUUUAGCAAGAGUAGUAUGUUUUUUUUUUUUUUAACAAAACGCAAACAUGUAACAAAGCAAGGUUUCUGUAAAACAUUAUGGAGAAAACCUCGUCAUCGGGAAAGUCUGUUCUAGUAAUUAUUCAAUUUUUGUGGGGAUGGUAGGGGAGGGGGUGGGGUUGGGCCCUUAUUUGAGUUUGAGUGGUAGGGGGUGGGGUAGGGCGUUUAUUAACUUUUUCUGCCUUUAGGAUGGGCGCAAAUUCGAGGUUGGGCGCUUAUUCGAAUAAAUACCGUAUUACCAUUUUAUUAGGAUACCCAGCGGGAGCCUGUGCGGAGGAGAGUGCGAGUAUGACGACGGUGCUGUCAUGGACCCGUGCACAACGAUAAAGUACCCUGAACUUCCGCUUAUAAGCCCUGGGCUUAUAAAACUUCCAAAGGGGUUUUCAGAGGGUCUAUAAACGGGGGGGGGUUAUAUCCAUGGGCUUACAACUGAACUAAAAACGUUUCGAAACAAGAUACAUAUCAGUGCUUGCCACAAUACUUUUCGAAUUUACUCGCUUUUUCGUUUUUCAAAGCUUCAAAACGUAAAAAAUACAAGCUAGAGGGAGGGCUUAUAACAACAACAACCAACCAACCAUUAUAUUUGCCAAUUCACAAGACGCUUACAAAACAGAAUAAAUUUAAAUAGAUCAGGCAAAAAACUUCUUAGAAAAGCAAAAAACUAAACGAGCUGAGUAGUUACAAUUAUAAAAUUACAUUCUAUAGGGUUGCGACACACGAAAGACGAGGAAAAAUACUUUAAAUUUAGGAGAAAAAAUAAUAGUAAUGAAAAGCAAAUAAAUUAAUUAAUGAAAAUAAAAUAGAACAACACAAAACAAAACGGUACCAGGUAACUACAAAGUUUACAUUAAUAAGGGUAAGUCAUAUCUUGCUAGCCAGCAUCAAGAGUAAGCGGAUAAGAUUAUUCCUAACAGAAGGACUAGAGAAGUGUAGAUUAAAUUUACCGUAAUUAGUUCUAACCUGAUCAAUUUAAUAAGUUGACUUUGAUGCUAGCCUAGUACCGUACCGAUGCUUAGAUGAUACAAGUGAAAAGAAGUUGUCAAAACAGCCUUAGGUAGUAAAUUAUGAUGAAAUUGAAACAUAAAAACGGCAUUAUGAAGAGUCACUAGAUCCCUGAGCCUAAUUAAUCCUAUAACCGGAUGUAUUCUUUUAUUUACUUGUAGAUAGGCCUGUAGCAAGGGAAGGCUUAUAAGUAAGGGGGAAGGGAGGGGGGGGCUUCGCAUAUCAAGGAACGCGUAUUCAGGCUAUGUUCACUCCCAGAGGGUGUACCCCCUUGUAUGGCCUUUACGGGGAUGUCCCACUGGACAGAGUAUGGUUUUUGUCCUGUCUGUCAUAAUCAGGGCAUAUAACAUAACAUAACUUUAUUAGCAUUCCUAUAUACAGAAAUGGAAUUGCUUUUAAACUAUGACAAUUUUAAUUUUAAUAAUAUUUAAAAUAAUCAAAUAAACAGGUAGUAUUAAUUAAAAGUUAUAAAUAGAAAUCUCUAUUCCCAUGCUUUUGUUUUAGGGAAUAAAAUUCUCUAAGUUUAAAUGCUUCAUAGGCAUAGUAUUGUUAAAAAAAAAGUAUAACGUUUUUACGAUUUGUUCAAGUCUACGAAUUUGCAGUACUUGGCUUCUACGUCUUGAAAAAACUGCUGUCUUAAGUUGUUAUAUAAAUUGCAUUCAAAUAGAAAAUGAAUUUCAUUCUCUACUUUAUUCGACGAGCAAAGCUGACAUAUACUAAGGUUCUCAGGAAUUUUGGGAAGAUGGUAUCUAUCAGUUUCAAUUCUUAACCUGUGAUUACUUGAUCGUAAUUUUGCUGCUGCCUGGCGGUGCGUUUGGUUUUUAAUAAGGUUGGAAUAUUCUGAUCUGCUCACAUCAUUCUUAAAAGUGGAAGAGAAAUUCAAUUUUUUGAAAGAUCACAACAUGUUCAUUUGAUCCUUUUUAAAGUAAUCUAUGAUAGUCUGUUUUAUUUUUGGCAGCCUCGAUUUAACUAAUUUUGGCUCUUCAAGAAUACUAGAGACCGUUAAUUAGUAGAAGUGUUACAGUAUAGUUUCAUGAACUCUUGAAAAGACAGCAUGAAAGACGGUUUUCCAUUGUUUGUUAGUUAAUUCGAAAGUAAAAGGCAUUGCUUUGCAGUACUAGUAAGAUGUAACCAAAAUUUUAUGACAAUAUUAAUUUUAGAUUUAAGUGAUAAUCUUCCUGCUUCAUUACGAGAUAUAAUGUUUGUAGCUCUUCUGUUUAGGCCGAUAGAAUGUUUGUAAAAAUGUGUGUGAAUUUUCUCAAUGGGGUCUUUUUGCUAUUUCUUAGCAUCAGUUCUGUCAUAAGCACCCCAUACCUCAGAGCUGUACAGUAAUAUAGGAAGAAACAGGGCAUCAAUACGUUUAUUGCAUGCAGCAACUGGAAGAUUGUUAAACUCAAGAUAGCGUUUUGCACCAAAUAUUGAUCUUCUUGUUUUCUCUGCAGAUAACUGUUUGGAAAUUGAGAAACUUCCAUUUGAAUUAAAUAUUAUGCCCAGAUAAGAGUAUUCUGUGGAAUUGGCGACUUGAUUCCCAUUUAGGAAGAAAGUGUAUUUAGCCCGUGUUGAUUUACCGUUUUGUUUCUGGAAGAUGAGUGCUUUUGUUUUUUUAAGACAUAUUUUCAGUGACCAUUUGUUGCAAUCUUCAUUUAUGAUAUUAAGAAGAAAUCCACGAGGAGAUUGAGUAAUUUUAAUUCUCAGUGGACAAAAACCUUGUACCAGAAUAAUUAAAAGGAUAUUGCAUUCUUUUUUACAUUUUUCAAGGCCUAAAGAUGUAAUUAGUCACCUGUAAUAAAACCAAAGAAAAUUUCUAAUAGGAGCCAGAGAAAAUGAUUGUCAAAUUUCACAAAAUUACAUCAUACACAUGAAAUUCUUGUGAAAUUUGACAUUCCUUUUUUUCGGACUCCCAUGGGAAAUUUUCGUUGGUGUUAUUACAGAUGACUAAUUACAUCUUUAGCUUUUGAAAAAUGUAAAAAAGAAUGCAAUAUCCUUUAAAUCAUUCUGGGACAAGGUUUUUGUCCACUGAAAAUUGAAAUUACUAAAUUUCCUGCUGGAUUUCACCUUUAGUGCAAUUUGGUGCAAUUUGGGAGACAAGUAUACGUGCUAUAUCGUCUAGAUAUAAGUUAGAUAACAAUGGGGAAAUGAUACAUCCUUGUGGUACGCCUUUGUUAUAGUUAAAGUAGUCGGUCCUCUUAUUGCCAUUUUUUAUCGCACACUUUUUAUCUUGAAAAUAUGUCGGCGAUGAAAUGAUAAAACUUGCCACCUAUUUUGUUGUCAAGAAGUUUAUAUAAAAGACCAUUAUGACAUACCGAAUCAAACGCUUUUUGAAAAUAAAGAAACAGCAAUAUAAUUUCGCGCGAGACUUUCCUAAAUAGGGUAUAUAAUUUCGUGCGAGUCUGUCCUAAUUGUAUACGGGGUAUUGCCUGUACGGUUGAUAUGAUUUUGUUAAUGAAAUUUCAGUUAGUACUCCAGUUAUACAAAAGCAGUGACUCUAACGUGAAUUUGCUCUAUUGCCAAUAAAUGGUUCUAAAACAAGACGGCGGGCAUUUUGUCCUUUGUCCUAGGCAGGGUAAUGAAAUUGAAGUGGUUGUCCUGAACAGGCUAUGCAUUUUAGGAUGUUUUUGUCAGAAACAUGGUCAGGGAUUCUAACCCUCAGUGGCUCACCUAUAACCAAACAACAAGUUCAGUUACAAGUUCAGUUAAGUUGCUUAAUUAACCCCCCUAAAUUGUGCAAACACUUUGAAAACCUCUCACCAUGUUGGACAAAACAGUCAAAACAAUUUGCAUGUGACAUCAUCCGUGUGUGUAGAUCAUGGGCAACGAACAAUCACAGCACCCUUAGCAUUCACCACGUGGUAUAAAUGUACAUAAAAUCACCUUCCUUAUGAGCCACAAUAAUGGCGAAACAGCAGUCGACGGCCACAUUCCCGCUCUGUUUUAGCAUCUAUCGGUGUCGUGCUUAUGUCUCGUACAGUUGAUUUUGACGCAGAACGAUCAGCUGUGCAGAUUUCAAUGUGUCUAAAUGUACAUAUAAUUAAUACAGGGGAAUUUAUUUUCUCAUUUAGUUCAAGAUUGUGCCAAAGUAUGGCGUGGAUUACGCGCCUAACCAAUCAAGAGCGAGAAAUGUUAUUGCUCGACCAAUCAUCGUAGAUUAAGAAAAUGAUGUUAUUAUUAUGCCCUGUUUAUCACCAAAAGUUCCCUAGUGAUUAAGAAUAAAUUCCGUGUUUGGCAGCAAGUAAUCUUUCAACUCUUAAGCAGAAGCCGGUGGCGGAUCCAGAGGAGGGACCCAGGGGGCCCGCCCCCUAUUUUUAGAACAAACUGAGGUCCCAAGGGCCGAAGAAAUUUUUUUGAGACCAGGCACCCCUUAUCUCAAGGUCUGGAUCCGCCACUGGAAGCAAUGAGAGACGGCCGGAUGAAUGUGUUCUCAGUAGGUAAAUAUAAAUAAACCGCGCGGAUUCGAGUUCUCCGCUUUGUAAACUCUCUCUACAUGUUGUUCUAUGAUCAUGUCUUUGAUUGAUAGAGGUAAGAGUGCAUGAGCCAUUUUUCCAAACCCGAGAAAAAAAACAUCAUUUCCUUACCAUCUAGUCGCUCCUAUUACAUAAGAAUUAGCAGAAGUUAUCAUGAAUUUCCCUUGCCAUUAUAUAUGAAGUGUAUUUCAUCCACCCCAAGUACCUUCAGUGGGCGACAAAAUUGUUAAGGCACUGUCAUCAAAUGAUGUAUAGUUUGAAGAACAAAAAAAUCUACACCCCUCCACCACACCUUUAUUCAACGUUGGGGGAGUUUGUUGUUUCUUACAGGUAGCCUGAACAGCGGCACAACGUUACUUAGAGGGGGUGGCGAGGAAAAGCUUCAUUUUCCCUUUUGAAGUCGGCAAAACGCGAGAAACGAUACAGCAUUGUAAUCUACACCAUCCAAAAUAUAACAGAUACUACGCAACUCUUAAAAACCUCUAAUUUCAUUAGUUCCUUAUAUCACGCAGCUCCAUUGCUGCAUCCAAAACACUGACAAUCCAUUUGACGCUGCAGCAUUUAAUCGAAUUAAUACGGUAUACAUAACCCCCUCAGGAUAAUUAGGUAUUCCCACGCUGAAAACGUUAAAGGAAAGACGUGUGCGACUUUCCUGCAAAAAAACACGUUUUAAAUCAAAGGAAAACAGUAAAAUACAACUGAAUAUACAAUUACCAAUAAAGUUAUAACUAAAUAAAUACAUGUAUCACUGUUGUAAUCUGAUAUGUCAUCAAAGCAAUCUCUAUUUUUUAAGGAUAUUUCUGUUUCUUUGACAGCCUCUGUAACCCUUUCCGCUGUUGCCUCACUGUUAUUCUCAUGGCUCAGUCUGGUAGGAUUGUUCACGAUCGGAUUCAUAAAGAUUGCGGAAGGACAAUCAACGAACAAUAUUCUCGGAACAACAUUACUAUUCCAACCAAGUACAACAAAUUGGGAAGAACCACUUACUAUAAUAACAAACUCAAACACUAUACCAUACACUACAACUACUGUGUUGACCAAUCCUUCAGCCUCCACAUCGCCCAGUGUAUCGCCAAGUGUCUCGGACUCCACCUCUGCUAGCGUAUCAGCCAGUGUGUCGACCAGUGCUUCGGCGUCCACAUCACCCAGUGUAACGCCAAGUGUCUCGGCCUCCAGCUCUGCUAGCGUGUCAGCCAGUGUGUCGACCAGUGCUUCGGCCUCCAAAUCACCUAGUGUGUCGCCAAGCGCCUCGGCCUCCACCUCUGCUAGCGUGUCAGCCAGUACGUCGACCAGAGCUUCGGCCUCCACAUCGCCCAGUGUGUCGCCAAAUGUCUCGUCCUCCACCUCUGCUAGCGUGUCAGCCAGUGUGUCGACCAGUGCUUCGGCCUCCACAUCGCCCAGUGUGUCGCAAAGUGUUUCGGCCUCCACUUCUGCUAGCGUGUCAGCCACAGUGUCAGCUAGUGCUUGGGCCUCCACAUCGCCCAGUGUGUCGCCAAGUGUCUCUGCUUCCACCUCUGCUAGCGUGUCAAGCAGUGUGUCGACCAGUACUUCGGCGUCCACAUCGCCCAGUGUGUCGCGAAGUGUCUCGACUUCCACUUCUGCUAGCGUGUCAGCCAGUGUGUCGACCAGUGCUUCGAUCUCCACAGCGCCCAGUGUGUCGCCAAGUGUCUCGGCCUCCACCUCUGGGAGCGUGUCAACCAGUGUGUGGACGAGUGCUUCGGUCUCGACAUCGCCCAGUGUGUCGCCAAGUGUCUCGGCCUCCACCUCUGCCAGCGUGUCAGCCAGUGUGUCCACCAGCGUUUCAGCCUCCACAUCGCUCAGUUUUUCGCCAAGUUUCUCGGCCUCCACCUCUGCUAGCGUGUUAGCCAGUGUGUCGACCAGUGCUUCGGUUUCGACAUCUCCCAGUGCGUCGCCAAGUGUCUCGGCCUCCACCUCUUCCAGCGUGUCAGCCAGUGUGUCCACCAUCAUUUCAGCCUUAAACUCGUCCAGUGUUUCGGCAAGUUUCUCGGCCUCCACCUCUGCUAGCGUGUCAGCCAGUCUGUCGACCAGUGCUUCGGUCUCGAAAUCGCCCAGUGUGUCGCCAAGUGUCUCGGCCAACACCUCUGCCAGCGUGUCAGCCAGUGUGUCCACCAGCGUUUCAGCCUCCACAUCGCCCAGUGUUUCGCCAAGUAUCUCGGCUUCCACCUAUUUUAGCGUGUCAGGCAGUGUGUCGACCAGUGCUUCGGUCUCGACAUCGCUAAGUGUGUCGCCAAGUGUCUCGGCCUCCACCACUGCCAGCGUGUCAGCCAGUGUGUCCACCAGCGUUUCAGCCUCCACAUCGCCUAGUGUUUCGCCAAGUAUCUCGGCCUCCACCUCUUUUAGCGUGUCAGGUAGUGUGUCGACAAGUGCUUCGGUCUCGACAUCGCCCAGUGUUUCGCCAAGUUUCACGGCUUCCACCUCUGCUAGCGUGUCAGCCAGUGUGUCGACCAGCGCUUCGGUCUCGACAUCGCCCAGUGUAUCGCCAAGUGUGUCGGCCUCCACCUCUGCUAGCGUGUCAGCCAGUUUGUCCACCAGUGUUUCAGCCUCCACAUCGCCCAGUGUUUUGGGAAGUUUGUCGACCUCCUCCUCUGUUACCGUGUCAGCCAGUGUGUCGACCACUGCUUCAGUCUCGACAUCGCCCAGUGUGUCGCCAAGUUUUUCGGCCUCCACCUCUGCUAGCGUGUCAGCCAGUGUGUCGACCAGUGCUUCGGUCUCGACAUCGCCCAGUGUGUCGCCAAGUUUCUUGGCCUCCACCUCUGCCAGCGUGUCAGCCAGUUUGUCCACCAGCGUUUCAGCCUCCACAUCGCCUAGUGUUUCGCCAAGUUUCUCGGCCUCCUCCUCUGUUAGCGUGUCAGCCAAUGUGUCCAUUGGUGCUUCAGUCUCGACAUCGCCCAGUGUGUCGCCAAGUGUCUCGGCCUCCACCUCUGCCAGCGUGUCAGCCAGUGUUUCGACCAGUACUUCGGUCUCGACAUCGCCCAGUGUGUCGCCAAGUGUCUCGGCCUCCACCUCUGCCAGCGUGUCAGCCAGUGUGUCGACCAGCGUGUCAGCCUCCACAUCGCCCAGUGUUUCGCCAAGGGUAUCGGCCUCUACCUCUGGUAGCGUGCCAGCCAGUGUGUCGACCAGUGCUUUGGUCUCGACAUUGCCCAGUGUGUCACCAAGUGUCUCGGCCUCCACCUCUGCCAGCGUGUCAGCCAGUGUGUCCACCAGCGUUUCAGCCUCCACAUCUGCUACUGUUUCGCCAAGGUUUUCGGCCUCCACCUCUGUUAGCGUGUCAGCCAGUGUUUCGACCAGUACUUCAGUCUCGACAUCGCCUAGUGUUUCGCCAAGUGUGUCGGCCUCCACGUCUCCUAUCGUGUCAGCCAUUUUGUUCACCAGCGUUUCAGCCUCCACUUCACCCAGUGUUUCGCCAAGUUUCUCGGCCUCCAACUCUGCUAGCGUGUCAGCCAGUGUGUCGACCAGUGCUUCGGUCUCGACAUCUCCCAGUGUGUCGCCAAGUGUUUCGGCCUCCACCUCUGCCAGUGUGUCCACCAGCGUUUCAGCCUCCACAUCGUCCAGUGUUUCGCCAAGUAUCUCGGCCACCACCUCUGCUAGCGUGUCAGGCAGUGUGUCGACCAGUGCUUCGGUCUCGACAUCGCCUAGUGUGUCGCCAAGUUUCUCGGCUUCCACCUCUGCCAUCGUGUCACCCAGUAUGUCCACCAGCGUUUCAGGCUCCACAUCGCCCAGUGUUUCGCCAAGUUUUUCGGCCUCCACCUCUGCUAGCGUGUCAGCCAGUGUGUCGACCAGUGCUUCGGUCUCGACAUCGCCCAGUGUGUCGCCAAGUGUGUGGGCCUCCACCUCUGCUGGCGUGUCAUCCAGUUUGUCCACCAGCGUUUCAGCCUCCACAUCGCCCAGUGUUGUGGCAAGUUUCUCGGACUCCACCUGUGCUAGCGUUUCAGCCAGUGUGUCGACCAGUGCUUCAGUCUUGACAUCCUCCAGUGUGUCGCCAAGUGUCUCGGCCUCCAGCUGUGCUAGCGUGUCAGCCAGUGUUUCGAGCAGUACUUUGGUCUCCACAUCGCCCAGUGUUUUGGCAAGUUUCUCGGACUCCACCUCUGCUAGCGUGUCAGCCAGUGUGUCGACCAGUGCUUCGGUCUCGACAUCGCCCAGUGUGUCGCCAAGUGUCUCGGCCUCCACCUCUGCCAGCGUGUCAGCCAGUGUGUCCACCAACGUUUCAGCCUCUACAUCAUCCAGUGUUUUGCCACGUUUUUGGGCCUCCACCUCUGCUAGCGUGUCAGCCAGUGUGCCGACCAGUGCUUCAGUCUCGACAUCGCCCAGUGUGUCGCCAAGUGUCUCGGCCUCCACCUCUGCCAGCGUGUCAGCCAGUGUGUCCACCAGCGUUUCAGCCUCCACAUCGCCCAGUGUUUUGGCAAGUUUCUCGGACUCCACCUCUGCUAGCGUGUCAGCCAGUGUGUCGACCAGUGCUUCAGUCUCGACAUCGCCCAGUGUGUCGCCAAGUGUGUCGGCCUUCGCCUCUGCUAGCGUGUCAGCCAGUGUUUCCACCAGCGUUUCAGCCUCCACAUCGCCCAGUGUUGCGCCAAGUUUCUCGGCCUCCACCUCUGCUAGCGUGUCAGCCAGUGUGUCUACCAGUGCUUCGUUCUCGACAUCUCCCAGUGUGUCGCCAAGUGUUUCGACCUCCACAUCUGCCAGCGUGUCAGCCAGUGUGUCCACCAGCGUUUCAGCCACCACAUCGUCCAGUGUUUCGGCAAGUUUCCUGGCCUCCACCUCUGCUAGCGUGUCAGCCAGUGUGUCGACCAGUGCUUCGGUCUCGACAUCGCCCAGUGUGUCGCCAAGUGUCUCGGCCUCCACCUCUGCCAUCGUGUCAGCCAGUGUGUCUACCAGCGUUUCAGCCUCCACAUCGCCCAGUGUUUCGCCAAGUAUCUCGGCCUCCACCUCUGCUAGCGUGUCAGGCAGUGUGUCGACCAGUGCUUCGGUCUCGACAUCGCCCAGUGUGUCGCCAAGUGUUUUGGCCUCCACCUCUGCCAGCGUGUCAGCCAGUGUGAAUUUUGUUUUAGUUUUUAUUUGCAUAUAUUUUUUUUUUUACCAAAUUGCCUAAGACAAGUGCUGAAGUAAUAAAUUUAAAUAUGCUGUUGCAACUAAUGUUAACGGCGAGAUAAUAAAACUCUAUCAAAUAAACAAAAAAUAAAUGAAUAAAAAAUAAAUACUUAAAUAAAUAUGUCGUUAAAUAAAUGAAUUAAUUAUUGAAUGCUCAAGUGCCGUCCAUAACCGGAUUUUGGCAGACUGGGGGAGCUUAACAUUUACGCAAACCACCCGGGUGGAAAUUUUGUAGAGAUACAUUUAAUUAUCCCUAUUUGUAAUAACUUGUUAUUCAUAGUGUAACAAAUAACUAGCAUAUAACGUAAUUUUAAAUUAUUUGGAACACGGUUGAUGUAGCAGUUGUUAUAAGACCCCAAAUAAAAUAUUGUCUAAUGUCAGGCUUCUAUCUAGGAUAUUUGAGGGGUAGAAGCUUCCUCCCCAAAAUGCCUAGCUUCCCCUCAAACAAUGUUAUCAUUACAAUAUAUAAGUAACUUUAUCGGAAAAAUCAUCCAGACGCUACGAGGUCAGUGCACAGGAAGUAAAUAUUCCCUUUCUAAGGACACUCUAUGACAAGGAACAUGAUCACGACUAAAAAAUAAAAUAUAAUACCACUGUAUCAUUUCCCAAAAUUGUGUCUCAAAAUGCACCAGAUUUCAUCUCGGCGUGUGUUCAUUUCAAAAAAUUUCUGGUGGUCAUGCCCCCGGAUCCCGCUAGGAAACUCGUGGCCUUCGGCCACUUGGAACUAAUCUCCCCCAAACGAUAUAUCCUAGAUAGAACCCUGAAUGUCUAUUGCCUAUAUACACUCGAAUCUCUCUUAGUGGACACCUCCAGUAUAAGAAAGACACUUCUGUAAAACGAACACCUAGAGCUGGUCCCUGCCUUUUUUUACUCCCCUUAUUUGACUCUCUCCUAUAAGAAAGACACCUCUAUAAGACGGCCACCUCUGUAAAACGGACACCUAGAGUUUGUCCCUGCCUUCCUUUACUCCCUUCAUUUGACUCUCUAUAAGACGGACACCCCUGUAAAACAGACACCUAGAGUUGGUCCCUGCGCUUCUUUACUCCCUUUAUUUGACUCUCUAUAAGACGGACACCUCUUUAAAACGGACAGCUAGAGUUGGUCCCUGCGUUUCUUUGGUCCCUUUAUUUGACUCUCUAUAAGACGGACACCUCUGUAAAACGGACAGCUAGAGUUGGUCCCUGCGUUUCUUGACUCCCUUUAUUUGACUCUCUAUAAGAUGGACUCCCCUGUAAAACAGAUACCUAGAGUUGGUCUCUGCCUUUCUUUACUCCUUUUAUUUGACUCUCUAUAAAACGGACAUCUUUCUAAGACGGACACUUAGUAACGGUACUCAUGGUGACCGUCUUAGAGAAAGUUGAUUGUACUGAGCUUUUCCGUUUUCCUCUUUCAACGAAGUAUGUAGCCUCCAACGUGGGCGGUUUUAGGGGAGCUCAUAUUGGAUCAAUUUAGGUUUCUGGGGAACUGACCACCUUCCCCUCCCCUAAGUCAACAUUAUCACUUACUUCUCACUUAGGGCAAAAUGUUGGCUUAGGGGAGGGGUAGGUGCGCAGUUUCCCAGAAACCCUAGUAUUUCGUCCCUCCCCACAGAGGAGGGGAGAGACGAAAUACGCCUGCGUGGGAGGCUACGAAGUAUGCCAAAGGGUUGCUUCUCUGCUCCAGUGACGAGCGCGACGUGGCUCUUCAACCUCUUUUAAGUAACCUACCGGGAAGCCCCUCAUUUUCCUGGGGAAUAGUAGAACAAGCGAAAUGAAUGAUAAAUAAUACGUAAACGAAUAAAUAGAUUAAAAUAACUAACGUUUUAUAAGAACCACAUCCACAGAUCUUCAGUUCAAUUUGUAUUACCCCUGUUCACAUAAUCUUCGCUCUAUGAAUAAAUAAAUUGUCAUAAUUAAGGAUUUAGUAGUAGCACAUCCUCAUAUCUUCAAUUCAAUUUGUAUUUCCGCAGUUCACAGUAUCUUCAUUCCAUAAAUGAAUAUAUCAACACAAUUAAGAUUUAACAGUAGCACAGCCACCGAUCUUUAAUUUAAAAAAGUUUGUAUUUGCGCAGUUCACAUCAUCUUCAUUUUAUUAUUACAUCAUGGAGUUUUAUGUGACGAGUUUUUUUAAAGAGUUUUAUCGAGCCGUUCCUGAGAUAAUAAAUAAUAAACAAAUGAAUAAAUAAAUUCAAUAAAUUAAUAACUGACGAUUUAGUACCGUCAACUCUUUCUAAGACGGACCCCUUGGGGACCGGCACUGAGUGUCCAUCUUAUAGAGGUGUCCGUCUUAUAGAGAGUCAAAUAAAGGGAGUAAAGAAAGGCAGGAACUAACUCUAGGUGUCCGUUUUAUAGAGGUAUCCGUCUUAUAGAGACUCAAAUAAAGAGAGUAAAGAAAGGCAGGGACCAACUCUAGGUGUCCGUUUUACAGGAGUGUCCGUCUUAUUGAGAGUCAAAUAAAGAGAGUAAAGAAGGCAGGGACCAACUCUAGGUGUCCUUUUGACAGAGUUGUCUGUUAAGGGAGAGUCGGCUGUAGCCCCUUUAAUAAUAGUAGCAAAAAGGAAUGAUUACUUUACUUCAUAGUCUAGGCCAGUCUGUAUAGAAAAAACUGUGUCCUAGCUAAGUACGGCCCGAGACCGAACUGAAGACCUCGGGCAAAGUUUUUCCCAUACGAACCUCUUGGCCGACAAAUAACAUAUAAUUAUGUACUUAGGAAUUCGAAUUUGUAGUUUAAAAUUUAAUAACCAUUGUUGGUAAAUAUUGAAAUGCUAAGCGUGAACUUCUCUAGUUUGCCCUACGAAAUUCUUGGAAAUUCAGCACUUAUUGAAUAAGAUUACGUGUUUAAUUAUCUCCUCACAAAUGUUGUCACUAGUUUUUUUAACCCGCCUGAGUAAACUAUGUUAAAUGACAUCAAAAGACGUUAACUGCAUUUGUUUAAAGCAAUUCAAGUGCGUAAUUGCGCCCAUUGGUACAAGGCAGACUUCAACUGAUCCGCAAGAGUUAUUGUGUUUUUCAAUUACAACCUGCAUCUGUCAGAUUAUGUUAACUUGCAGAACGUAUUCCUUGUCAUUUUAUUUGCCGUCUGCUUGGCGUAUGUAAUUUGGUUUGCUUUCUUUGUUUGUUUUUCAAUGCGAAUUAAAUUUUUAUUGCAUAAGUUAUACCAGCAAAUUUCCUCUUAAUAAACCUAAGGAAGUGUACAUGUUUGGUCGGGGACACUUGCAGCUUUUAAAGUUACAAAUAUAUGAGUUGUAAGUGUGUAUAAUUUUGGAAAGCCUGCCCUGAAAUUUGCUCACAAAGGAUCUGAAUUCUAUUGGAAAGCAGUAAUGUUUAGGUGUAAAUACGAUUUUGCCGACCAAAGUUUCGACCAAAGUUUCGAACGUUAAUCUAAUUUUCUUCUCCGUGCGAACGGAUCAUAGUUUCCGUCCAAUUUCGCUAUUCUAUUGUCUGUUUGUUUAACAAAAUAAACUGUUUGCGGGGUGGAUUUGUCUUAAGGUCCAGAAAUGUGGGAACAUUUUUUAACACCGCCAUGAAAUGCUUUGAGAGCGGAAAAACAACUACAGUGAUGUCUUUAAGUUGCGAGUUCGUGAAAGCGCUUGUUAACCGCAAGGAUUACCUGCCAAAUUGUUACCUAAGACUCAGACAGGAUUCAUAAUUUAAACGUGUACUUUGAGGGAGGGGUAGGUGGAUAGUGUAUGUAGCAUUUUCAAGACUCUGUAUACCCCUAAAAUGUAUGUAGGGGCAUAUGACAGGUUGCAACCGCAAAAGACUAUAAACUAUUAAAAUAUGUACAUGAAAUACGGCUGGUUUUACUGAACCACUGAAUGUUAAAUAUUUAAUCAAUAUGCCAGUUUUUACGCUUGCCGAAUUAAAACUCUUAAUCGAUUUCCAUUUGAAAGAAUGCAGUCUGUUCAUUUAAAAAGCAGUUUCAUCUGAAUACUAUGGCGCGGAGGCGGAUUUCGCUUUCUUUUUUUUUAAGUUGUAGCUGCAGUAAUUAACGGAGCGUUCGCGUGGCGGUUUUGAGAAUAUUCUUCCUUAUGUAAACUAAUCGAUUGCUACCUUUGACAAGCGUCUAAAUAUGUCUGUUUAUUUCCAAACAGUCGAAUAUCAUUAAUGUGCAUACAGAAACAACUUCCACGGGGCAUAAACCUUCUUUUUUGUAUUCGUAUUUGUCAGUGUAGGAGGGAGUUCUCGCUCCUUGAGUAUGACAACGCAGAACUGUAUUGUGCAUUGUUAUUUUUUGCAAAACAAAACGUAAAGCCAGUGGAAUGUGAUACAAAGUAUUCCACUGAGAUUUGAGUUGCAAGAAUAAUUACUCUAGUAUUUUGGUUUUAUUGUUCCUUAUAAACUUUUGCCGCGAUCGAUCAGUGCUUCGAAGUUCGUGGAAUGCGCUGUAAAUGAACUUUAGUUGAGGCGUUGUGUGCGAGGAAGCCGAAAUCAAGUUGUACUGAAUUUCGCCGUCAACCAGGAGUUUUCAUCGUUUCAAGUUGUUAAAUGAACUCAAAUAAUUACACGAGCUUAUGGAACUACAUGUAUUAGGAAGUCUUAUGUGGUUUUCUUCGCGGUUUGAAGCAACAUGAGAGGACUUAAAGCAUGGAAAUUUACUACAAGACGUAAGUCAGACACUUUUGUUUCUCGUUUGGUCAUGUGAAAUAUUAUAUAAUUCUUGUACGUAUUCCGCUGGCGGGACAAGCGUAUACAUCAUUUAAAAAGCUAUCAGCAAAUAGAAGGCUCCAGAAUCCAAAUCUUCCCCGAAUAAGACAAGUUAUGUGCUCUUAUUGUUAGCGACUGCAGGGUGGUCAGAUUGUGCGGUUUCUACUUAUACUGUAUAAAGCGUUAUUAACUUUGCAGCGAUGGUUAAUUUGGGGGGAUUAUCUGAAAUGUCUUUAUAACAACUUACGAACUUACGUAGUAGAAGCUAUCAGAACCGGAUGUACUUAUUACUUUCAAUUUCUAUGGUUUUUUAAACAAACUAUCAUUUAUCCUGCCCGCUUACAAAUGUUGAUUAGCUCGAUAUGGAUCUUGUAGUUAGCUCUUCAAGCUUCUUAUAUUUCCGUGUGCGUUUCUCUGGACUGUCGUGUAUUUUUUCCCGCGCCUUUUAAAAUAACCCGUGAUCGACCACAAGCGAAUCGCGUUUUGUAUGGUGUAAUCCAUUACAUGCUCUCUCAAUUAGCUAAUUGGUAUGUCGCGGUAUCUGUAUUUUGUACAAUGAAACGUAAGAUUAGUUGUGAAGUGAUCAGCUAAGUCAUAAACUUAAAAAAAUAAAUAAAUAAAAAAGUUCAGAGCAUCUUAAAUUGUUCGUGAUUUCCGUCGCGGCCAAAGCUUUCCCUUGGUGAUAUUUUUUAAGGGUUUGUGAAGGGUAUAUUAAUGUCAUGAAAAUCGCAUACUUGGAGUAAUUGAGUAAACUUACAUCGAAUCAGUUUCGCUGGUAUGCGACUCUGUAUUCGCUCUUAAAACUGUUCAAAGAUGCGUCAAUCUUGAGACGUGACGUGAGUAGUUGGUGUUUCGCUGUGUCGCGAAAAUUCAAAGGAAAAGGAAAACUAUAUAUUGCGCCAUAUUACUUAAUUAUUCUGGAAACAGGUUAACUUCUCUACUACAAGAACCGAUUCAAUUUGCUCACAUUCAGCGAUGUAACAUCGUCCCAGAAGUUGCGUGAUAGCUUUAUGUAUAGAACCGGUUCAAUUCGCUCACAUUCAACGAUGUAACAUCGUCCCAGAAGUUUGCACGAUAGCUUUAUAUAUAGAAUUUCUCCAUUGUUAUUUACGUUAUUUAACGUUUACUAGUUGUCUCUUUGUGUGCACGAGAACUGUAUUAAACUAUAAUCCUGUGCAAUUGUGAUAAAAAUGGUCAUAUAUAUCGCGCCCAGUGACAAUGAAGAAAUGAAAGUUCCUUUGCGUCGCGUGUCUGGAUGGUGAUAGCUGAAUUAUUUCGUUCCUGGCUAAAUAAUCUGAAAUUGAGCUGUCUACUCGGAAGAACUUUGCUGUGGUGUUGCAUAAAGGUUGAGUUGUGUGUUGUGCUGAAUUAGGUAAUUCUUUCGAUUCUGCGAGUUCUUAACGCUUAGCAAAACAGGCAGCGCUGAUGUAGAAUUUCUCGAAAAAUUUGAUUUCAUAUCUGUUCGUUGUGCCUACUAAAAGGCGGUUCUAGGUUUUGAGUCGAUCCGUAGCUGAAAUAUCUUAGUGUGAUCAUUCAAUUGAAGUCCAUUGAGGCAUACUUUCUUGUCGUGCCGUUCAAGGUCUUUUCUUACUUUUGAUUCUGUGGAGGAAAUACUUAAGAGUGACCAUUCAAUUGAAAGCAACUGAGCAGUAUUUUCCUGCGAUACUGUUUAUUAUGCUGUACAAGGUGGUUCCAACUUCUGAGUCUGUGGAUGAAAUCCUUAAGUGUGACCAUUCAAACGAAAGCUACUGAGCAGUACUUGGUUGUGGUGCUGUUUAUUAUGCUGUUCAGUGUGAUUCUAACUUCUGAGUCUGUGGAUGAAAUCCUUAUAGUUAUGCACAGUACUUAUAAUUUUUGAGGCUGUACUUGCAGAUGAAAUCCUUAACCAUGACUAUUGACCGAAAAGUUACCGAGUGCUUUUCGCUGCUGCUGCUAUCCCACAGGAAUUAAAAUUAUGAUAAUGUUUGCCUUCAAGUCAGUUUUAUCUUUGGAAUACUAAAAUUCUGAACUAAAUGAGCCGAAUGUGCGGAGGUAUUUGCAUUAUAUUCUUCGGGUGUUGCUUGUUGUCGGCAAGACAACAGACAGCGUAUGAAAAAAAAAAAUCUAAAUUACCUGCAUUAUUUAACACCUUAUUGCGAAAUGUUAAGGACAGGACAGGAAAAAAUAGUAUCUGACGAACAAAAGAAAGAGGUCAUUCCAAAGGCAUUAGUCAUAACUCUUUUUCAUUUUGAUUUCUUUGUGAUCGGCAAACAGAGCCUUUGUUUUAGAUUCCAAUCCUUUUGUGCUUUUCAUUUUCAGCGCAUUAACAAGUAUUAAUUACGCGGUAUUUUAGCUGCUUCAGCCUGUAGCUUGUAGUUGAGUGCCUGGCUAACAAACCUCUCAGGUGCAUUCGUGACUCGAUUGUGCGCGCCUAUGAUAUGGACCGUUUGAUUGAUGACACACCCGAUUGAGAGGAAGUACCAUGCGCAUUUUCUUACACCUAAGAGAAUGACUCUCUCCUCUUCAAAGGCCUCUUAGUGUCGUAGGGAAGCUAGGGAGAUGGAAAAACGAGAGUGCGCGGAGGACGAUGGGAAGGGGAAAGAGAGGAGAGAGGCUCCCGCCUUUUCUCUCUUCCCAUCGUCACCCGCGCGCUUUCUAUUUCUUGAUCACCGUAUUUAUUCGAUUAACCGCUCGAUUAAAUUUUCACUAUUUUCAGCAAGAGUAGUAUGUUUUUUUUUUUUUUAACAAAACGCAAACAUGUAACAAAGCAAGGUUUCUGUAAAACACUAUGGAGAAAACCUCGUCAUCGGGAAAGUCUGUUCUAGUAAUUAUUCAAUUUUUGUGAGGAUGGUAGGGGGAGGGGGUGGGGUUGGGCCCUUAUUUGAGUUUGAGUGGUAGGGGGUGGGGUAGGGCGUUUAUUAACUUUUUCUGCCUUUAGGAUGGGCGCAAAUUCGAGGUUGGGCGCUUAUUCGAAUAAAUACCGUAUUACCAUUUUAUUAGGAUACCCAGCGGGAGCCUGUGCGGAGGAGAGUGCGAGUGUGACGACGGUGCUGUCAUGGACCCGUGCACAACGAUAAAGUACCCUGAACUUCCGCUUAUAAGCCCUGGGCUUAAAAACUUCCCAAGGGGUUUUCAGAGGGUUUAUAAACGGGGGGGGAUAUAUCCAUGGGCUUACAACUGAACUAAAAACGUUUUAAAACAAGAUACAUAUCAGUGCUUGCCACAAUACUUUUCGAAUUUACUCGCUUUUUCGUUUUUCAAAGCUUCCAAACGUCGUAAAAAAUUGAUUUCAUUUCAAUAAAAGCUAGAGGGACGGCUUAUAACAACAACAACCAACCAACCAUUUUAUUUGCCAAUUCACAAGACGUUUACAAAACAGAAUAAAUUUAAAUAGAUCAGGCAAAAAACUUCUCAGAAAAGCAAAAAACUAAACGAGCUGAGUAGUUACAAUUAUAAAAUUACAUUCUAUAGUGUUGCGACACUCGAAAGACGAGGAAAAAUACUUUAAAUUCAGGAGAAAAAAUAAUAGUAAUGAAAAGCAAAUAAAUUAAUUAAUAAAAAUAAAAUAGAACAACACAAAACAAAACGGUACCAGGUAACUACAAAGUUUACAUUAAUAAGGGUAAGUCAUAUCUUGCUAGCAGAGUAAGUGGAUAAGAUUAUUCCUAACAGAAGGACUAGAGAAGUGUAGAUUAAAUUUACCGUAAUUAGUUCUAACCUGAUCAAUUUAAUAAGUUGACUUUGAUGCUAGCCUAGUACCGUACCGAUGCUUAGAUGAUACAAGUGAAAAGAAGUUGUCAAAACAGCCUUAGGUAGUAGAUUAUGAUGAAAUUGAAACAUAAAAACGGCAUUAUGAAGAGUCACUAGAUCCCUGAGCCUGAUUAAUCCUAUAACCGGAUGUAUUCUUUUGUUUACUUGUAGAUAGGCCUGUAGCAAGGGAAGGCUUAUAAGUAAGGGGGGAGGGGGGGGGGGCUUCGCAUAUCAAGGGACGCGUAUUCAGGCUAUGUUCACCCCCAGAGGGUGUACCCCCUUAUAUGGCCUUUACGGGGAUGUCCCACUGGACAGAGUAUGGUGUUUGUCCUGUCUGUCAUAAUCAGGGCAUAUAACAUAACAUAACAUUUUAUUAGCAUUCCUAUAUACAGAAAUGGAAUUGCUUUUAAACUAUGAAAAUUUUAAUUUUAAUAAUAUUUAAAAUAACCAAAUAAACAGGUAGUAUUAAUUAAAAGUUAUAAAUAGAAAUCUCUAUUCCCAUGCUUUUGUUUUAGGGAAUAAAAUUCUCUAAGUUUAAAUGCUUCAUAGGCAUAGUAUUGUUAAAAAAAAGUAUAACGUUUUUACGACUUGUUCAAGUCUACGAAUUUGCAGUACUUGGCUUCUACGUCUCGAAAAAACUGCUGUCUUAAAUUGUUAUAUAAAUUGCAUUCAAAUAGAAAAUGAAUGUCAUUCUCUACUUUAUUCGACGAGCAAAGCUGACAUAUCCUAAGGUUCUCAGGAAUUUUGGGAAGAUGGUAUCUAUCAGUUUCAAUUCUUAACCUGUGAUUACUUGAUCGUAAUUUUGCUGCUGCCUGGCGGUGCGUUUGGUUUUUAAUAAGGUUGGAAUAUUCUGAUCUGCUCACAUCAUUCUUAAAAGUGGAAGAGAAGUUCAAUUUUUUGUAAGAUCACAACAUGUUCAUUUGAUCCUUUUUAAAGUAAUCUAUGAUAGUCUGUUUUAUUUUUGGCAGCCUCGGUUUAACUAAUGUUGGCUCUUCAAGAAUACUAGAGACCGUUAAUUAGUAGAAGUGUUACAGUAUAGUUUCAUGAACUCUUGAAAGGACAGCAUGAAAGACGGUUUUCCAUUGUUUGCUAGUUAAUUCGACAGUAAAAGGCAUUGCUUUGCAGUACUAGUAAGAUGUAACCAAAAUUUUAUGACAUUAAUAUUAAUUUUAGAUUUAAGUGAUAAUCUUCCUGCUUCAUUACGAGAUCUAAUGUUUGUAGCUCUUCUGUUUAGGCCGAUAGAAUGUUUGUAAAAAUGUGUGUGAAUUUUUUCAAUGGGGUCUUUUUGCUAUUUCUUAGCAUCAGUUCUGUCAUAAGCACCCCAUACCUCAGAGCUGUACAGUAAUAUAGGAAGAAACAGGGCAUCAAUACGUUUAUUGCAUGCAGCAACUGGAAGAUUGUUAAACUCAAGAUAGCGUUUUGCACCAAAUAUUGAUCUUCUUGUUUUCUCUGUAGAUAAUUGUUUGGAAAUUGAGAAACUUCCAUUUGAAUUAAAUAUUAUGCCCAGAUAAGAGUAUUCUGUGGAAUUGGCGACUUGAUUCCCAUUUAGGAAGAAAGUGUAUUUAGCCCGUGUUGAUUUACCGUUUUGUUUCUGGAAGAUGAGUGCUUUUGUUUUUUUAAGACAUAUUUUCAGUGACCAUUUGUUGCAAUCUUCAUUUAUGAUAUUAAGAAGAAAUUCACGAGGAGAUUGAGUAAUUUUAAUUCUCAGUGGACAAAAACCUUGUACCAGAAUAAUUAAAAGGAUAUUGCAUUCUUUUUUACAUUUUUCAAGGCCUAAAGAUGUAAUUAGUCACCUGUAAUAAAACCAAAGAAAAUUUCUAAUAGGAGCCAGAGAAAAUGAUUGUCAAAUUUCACAAAAUUACAUCAUACACAUGAAAUUCUUGUGAAAUUUGACAUUCCUUUUCUCGGACUCCCAUGGGAAAUUUUCUUUGGUGUUAUUACAGAUGACUAAUUACAUCUUUAGCCCUUGAAAAAUGUAAAAAAGAAUGCAAUAUCCUUUAAAUCAUUCUGGUACAAGGUUUUUGUCCACUAAAAAUUGAAAUUACUAAAUUUCCUGGUGGAUUUCACCUUUAGUGCAAUUUGGUGCAACUUGGGAGACAAGUAUACGUGCUAUAUCUUCUAGAUAUAAGUUAGAUAACAAUGGGGAAAUGAUACAUCCUUGUGGUACGCCUUUGUUAUAGUUAAAGUAGUCGGUCCUCUUAUUGCCAUUUUUUAUCGCACACUUUUUAUCUUGAAAAUAUGUCGGCGAUGAAAUGAUAAAACUUGCCACCUAUUUUGUUGUCAAGAAGUUUAUAUAAAAGACCAUUAUGACAUACCGAAUCAAACGCUUUUUGAAAAUAAAGAAACAGCAAUAUAAUUUCGCGCGAGACUUUCCUAAAUAGGGUAUAUAAUUUCGUGCGAGUCUGUCCUAAUUGUAUACGGGGUAUUGCCUGUACGGUUGAUAUGAUUUUGGUAAUGAAAUUUCAGUUAGUACUCCAGUUAUACAAAAGCAGUGACUCUAACGUGAAUUUGCUCUAUUGCCAAUAAAUGGUUCUAAAACAAGACGGCGGGCAUUUUGUCCUUUGUCCUAGGCAGGGUAAUGAAAUUGAAGUGGUUGUCCUGAACAGGCUAUGCAUUUUAGGAUGUUUUUGUCAGAAACAUGGUCAGGGAUUCUAACCCUCAGUGGCUCACCUAUAACCAAACAACAAGUUCAGUUACAAGUUCAGUUAAGUUGCUUAAUUAACCCCCUAAAUUGUGCAAACACUUUGAAAACCUCUCACCAUGUUGGACAAAACAGUCAAAACAAUUUGCAUGUGACAUCAUCCGUGUGUGUAGAUCAUGGGUAACGAACAAUCACAGCACCCGUAGCAUUCACCACGUGGUAUAAAUGUACAUGAAAUCACCUUCCUUAUGAGCCACAAUAAUGGCGAAACAGCAGUCGACGGCCACAUUCCCGCUCUGUUUUAGCAUCUAUCGGUGUCGUACUUAUGUCUCCUACAGUUGAUUUUGACGCAGAACGAUCAGCUUUGCAGAUUUCAAUGUGUCUAAAUGUACAUAUAAUUAAUACAGGGGAAUUUAUUUUCUCAUUUAGUUCAAGAUUGUGCCAACGUAUGGCGUGGAUUACGCGCCUAACCAAUCAAGAGCGAGAAAUGUUAUUGCUCGACCAAUCAUCGUAGAUUAAGAAAAUGAUGUUAUUAUUAUGCCCUGUUUAUCACCAAAAGUUCCCUAGUGAUUAAGAAUAAAUUCCGUCUUUGGCAGCAAGUAAUCUUUCAACUCUUAAGCAGAAGCCGGUGGCGGAUCCAGAGGAGGGACCCAGGGGGCCCGCCCCCUAUUUUUAGAACAAACUGAGGUCCCAAGGGCCGAAGAAAUUUUUUUGAGACCAGGCACCCCUUAUCUCAAGGUCUGGAUCCGCCACUGGAAGCAAUGAGAGACGGCCGGAUGAAUGUGUUCUCAGUAGGUAAAUAUAAAUAAACCGCGCGGAUUCGAGUUCUCCGCUUUGUAAACUCUCUCUACAUGUUGUUCUAUGAUUAUUAUGAAUUAGUUCAUAGUAUAAUGCCGUUUCAAAGUUUUGAUUGAUAGAGGUAAGAGUGCAUGAGCCAUUUUUCCAAACCCGAGAAAAAAAAAUGUCAUUUCCUUACCAUCUAGUCGCUCCUAUUACAUAAGAAUUAGCAGAAGUUAUCAUGAAUUUCCCUUGCCAUUAUAUAUGAAGUGUAUUUCAUCCACCCCAAGUACCUUCAGUGGGCGACAAAAUUGUUAAGGCACUGUCAUCAAAUGAUGUAUAGUUUGAAGAACAAAAAAAUCUACACCCCUCCACCACACCUUUAUUCAACGUUGGGGGAGUUUGUUGUUUCUUACAGGUAGCCUGAACAGCGGCACAACGUUACUUAGAGGGGGUGGGGAGGGGGUGGCGAGGAAAAGCUUUAUUUUCCCUUUUGAAGUCGGCAAAACGCGAGAAACGAUACAGCAUUGUAAUCUACACCAUCCAAAAUAUAACAGAUACUACGCAACUCUUAAAAACCUCUAAUUUCAUUAGUUCCUUAUAUCACGCAGCUCCAUUGCUGCAUCCAAAACACUGACAAUCCAUUUGACGCUGCAGCAUUUAAUCGAAUUAAUACGGUAUACAUAACCCCCUCAGGAUAAUUAGGUAUUCCCACGUUGAAAACGUUAAAGGAAAGACGUGUGCGACUUUCCUGCAAAAAAAAAAGUUUUAAAUCAAAGGAAAACAGUAAAAUACAACUGAAUAUACAAUUACCAAUAAAGGUAUAACUAAAUAAAUACAUGUAUCACUGUUGUAAUCUGACAUGUCAUCAAAGCAAUCUCUAUUUUUUAAGGAUAUUUCUGUUUCCUUGACAGCCUCUGUAACCCUUUCCGCUGUUGCCUCACUGUUAUUCUCAUGGCUCAGUCUGGUAGGAUUGUUCACGAUCGGAUUCAUAAAGACUGCGGAAGGACAAUCAACGAACAAUAUUCUCGCAACAACAUUACUAUUCCAACCAAGUACAACAAAUUGGGAAGAACCACUUACUAUAAUAAGAAACUCAAACACUAUACCAUACACUACAACUAGUGUGUUGACCAAUCCUUCAGCCUCCACAUCGCCCAGUGUAUCGCCAAGUGUCUCGGACUCCACCUCUGCUAGCGUAUCAGCCAGUGUGUCGACCAGUGCUUCGGCGUCCACAUCACCCAGUGUAACGCCAAGUGUCUCGGCCUCCAGCUCUGCUAGCGUGUCAGCCAGUGUGUCGACCAGUGCUUCGGCCUCCAAAUCACCUAGUGUGUCGCCAAGCGUCUCGGCCUCUACCUCUGCUAUCGUGUCAGCCAGUACGUCGACCAGAGCUUCGGCAUCCACAUCGCCGAGUGUGUCGCCAAAUGUCUCGUCCUCCAGCUCUGCUAGCGUGUCAGCCAGUGUGUCGACCAGUGCUUCGGCCUCCACAUCGCCCAGUGUGUCGCAAAGUGUUUCGGCCUCCACUUCUGCUAGCGUGUCAGCCACAGUGUCGACUAGUGCUUGGGCCUCCACAUCGCCCAGUGUAUCGCCAAGUGUCUCUGCUUCCACCUCUGCUAGCGUGUCAAGCAGUGUGUCGACCAGUACUUCGGCAUCCGCAUCGCCCAGUGUGUCGCGAAGUGUCUCGACCUCCACUUCUGCUAGCGUGUCAGCCAGUGUGUCGACCAGUGCUUCGAUCUCCACAGCGCCCACUGUGUCGCCAAGUGUCUCGGCCUCCACCUCUGGAAGCGUGUCAACCAGUGUGUGGACGAGUGCUUCGGUCUCGACAUCGCCCAGUGUGGCGCCAAGUGUCUCGGCCUCCACCUCUGCCAGCGUGUCAGCCAGUGUGUCCACCAGCGUUUCAGCCUCCACAUCGCCCAGUGUUUCGCCAAGUAUCUCGGCCUCCACCUCUUUUAGCGUGUCAGGCAGUGUGUCGACCAGUGCUUCGGUCUCGACAUCGCUCAGUGUGUCGCCAAGUGUCUCGGCCUCCACCUCUGCCAGCGUGUCAGCCAGUGUGUCCACCAGCGUUUCAGCCUCCACAUCGCCUAGUGUUUCGCCAAGUAUCUCGGCCUCCACCUCUUUUAGCGUGUCAGGUAGUGUAUCGACAAGUGCUUCGGACUCGACAUCGCCCAGUGUUUCGCCAAGUUUCACGGCUUCCACCUCUGCUAGCGUGUCAGCCAGUGUGUCGACCAGCGCUUCGGUCUCAACAUCGCCCAGUGUAUCGCCAAGUGUGUCGGCCUCCACCUUUGCUAGCGUGUCAGCCAGUUUGUCCACUAGUGUUUCAGCCUCCACAUCACCCAGUGUUUUGGGAAGUUUGUCGGCCUCCUCCUCUGUUAGCGUGUUAGCCAGUGUGUCGACCAGUGCUUCAGUCUCGACAUCGCCCAGUGUGUCGCCAAGUGUCUCGGCCUCCACCUCUGCUAGCGUGUCAGCCAGUGUUUCGACCAGUACUUCGGUCUCGACAUCGCCCAGUGUGUCUCCAAGUUUCUUGGCCUCCACCUCUGCCAGCGUGUCAGCCAGUUUGUCCACCAGCGUUUCAGCCUCCACAUCGCCCAGUGUUUUGGAAAGUUUCUCGGCCUCCUCCUCUGUUAGCGUGUCAGCCAGUGUGUCGAUUGGUGUUUCAGCCUCGACAUCGCCCAGUGUGUCGCCAAGUGUCUCGGCCUCCACCUCUGCUAACGUGUCAGCCAGUGUUUCGACCAGUACUUCGGUCUCGACAUCGCCCAGUGUGUCGCCAAGUGUCUCGGCCUCCACCUCUGCCAGUGUGUCAGCCAGUGUCUCGACCAGCGUUUCAGCCUCCACAUCGCCCAGUGUUUCGCCAAGGGUAUCGGCCUCUACCUCUAAUAGCGUGCCAGCCAGUGUGUCGACCAGUGCUUUGGUCUCGACAUUGCCCAGUGUGUCGCCAAGUGUCUCGGCCUCCACCUCUGCCACCGUGUCAGCCAGUGUGUCCACCAGCGUUUCAGCCUUCACAUCUGCUAGUGUUUCGCCAAGGUUUUCGGCCUCCACCUCUGCUAGCGUGUCAGCCAGUGUUUCGACCAGUACUUCGGUCUCGACAUCGCCCAGUGUUUCGCCAAGUGUGUCGGCCUCCACGUCUCUUACCGUGUCAGCCAGUUUGUCCACCAGCGUUUCAGCCUCCACUUUGCCCAGUGUUUCGCCACGUUUCUCGGACUCCACCUCUGCUAGCGUGUCAGCCAGUGUGUCGACCAGUGCUUCGGUCUCGACAUCUCCCAGUGUGUCCCCAAGUGUUUCGGCCUCCACCUCUGCCAGCGUGUCAGCCAGUGUGUCCACCAGCGUUUCAGCCUCCACAUCGUCCAGUGUUUCGGCAAGUUUCUCGGCCUCAACCUCUGCUAGCGUGUCAGGCAGUGUGUCUACCAGUGCUUCGGUCUCGACAUCGCCCAGUGUGUCACCAAGUGUCUUGGCCUCCACCUCUGCCAGCGUUUCAGCCAGUGUGUCCGCCAGCGUUUCAGCCUCCACAUCGCCCAGUGUUUCGCCAAGUUUUUCGGCCUCCACCUCUGCUAGCGUGUCAGCCAGUGUGUCGACCAGUGCUUCAGUCUCGACAUCGCCCAGUGUGUCGCCAAGUGUGUGGGCCUCCACCUCUGCUAGCGUGUCAUCCAGUUUGUCCACCAGCGUUUCAGCCUCCACAUCGCCCAGUGUUUUGGCAAGUUUCUCGGACUCCACCUCUGCUAGCGUGUCAGCCAGUGUGUCGACCAGUGCUUCAGUCUUGACAUCGCCCAGUGUGUCGCCAAGUGUCUUGGCUUCCAGCUGUGCUAGCGUGUCAGCCAGUGUUUCGAGCAGUACUUCGGUCUCCACAUCGCCCAGUGUUUUGGCAAGUUUCUCGGACUCCACCUCUGCUAGCGUGUCAUCCAGUGUGUCGGCCAGUGCUUCGGUCUCGACAUCGCCCAGUGUGUCGCCAAGUGUCUCGGCCUCCACCUCUGCCAGCGUGUCAGCCAGUGUGUCCACCAACGUUUCAGCCUCCACAUCAUCCAGUGUUUCGCCAAGUUUUUCGGCCUCCACCUCUGCUAGCGUGUCAGCCAGUGUGUCGAUUGGUGUUUCAGUCUCGACAUCGCCCAGUGUGUCGCCAGGUGUGUCGGCCUCCACCUCUGCCAGCGUGUCAGCCAGUUUGUCCACCAGCGUUUUAGCCUCCACAUCGCCCAGUGUUUCGCCAAGUGUCUCGGCCUCCACCUCUGCCAGCGUGUCAGCCAGUGUGUCCACCAGCGUUUCAGCCUCCACAUCGCCCAGUGUUUCGCCAAGUUUCUCGGCCUCCACCUCUGCUAGCGUGUCAGCCAGUGUGUCUACCAGUGCUUCGUUCUCGACAUCUCCCAGUGUGUCGCCAAGUGUUUCGACCUCCACCUCCGCCAGCGUGUCAGCCAGUGUGUCCACCAGCGUUUCAGCCUCCACAUCGCCCAGUGUUUCGCCAAGUAUCUCGGCCUCCACCUCUGCUAGCGUGUCAGGCAGUGUGUCGACCAGUGCUUCGGUCUCGACAUCGCCCAGUGUUUCG